UUUCCGCGCACCUCAAUGAGUUUGUUGGAGUGAGAAAAUUUCAGCUAGGGAUAUUAGAUUGGGGCUGACAGACUGUCAUCGUAACUGAGAACUGUCAUCCAAACCUGGAAAGCUGCUCGUUGCAGACAUAGCCGUUGAGCUUAUUCAACUGCUUUUAGCUUCAUAACGCGUAGGCAUGGAGCAGAAUAACAGUUUGCCUCCUUUUCAAGGCUUAGCAUCUCCACAGGGGGCAAUGACACCAAGCCUCCCCAUGUUCAGCCCUAUGAUGCCAUAUGGCACAGGGCUGACACCCCAGCCUGUACAGAAUACUCACAGCCUGUCUCCACUGGAAGAGCACCAGAGACAGCAACAACAACAGCAACAGCAGCAGCAGGCUUCCCAGCAGCAGGCUGGUCUAGCGGGCAGUUCAGGCCAAACACCUCAGCUCUACCACUCACAAGUUGUCAGCACCACCACAGCAUUGCCGGGCAACACACCCCUUUACACUACCACACCCCUUACCCCCAUGACCCCCAUCACUCCCGCUACGCCUGCCUCCGAAAGCUCUGGCAUUGUGCCCCAGCUCCAGAAUAUUGUAUCAACAGUGAAUCUGGGCUGCAAACUUGACUUGAAGACAAUAGCUCUGCGUGCUAGAAAUGCUGAAUACAAUCCAAAGCGUUUUGCUGCUGUCAUCAUGAGAAUACGAGAGCCGAGAACAACUGCCCUGAUCUUCAGUUCAGGCAAAAUGGUGUGCACAGGGGCCAAAAGUGAGGAACAGUCGCGCUUGGCUGCCAGAAAAUAUGCCAGAGUGGUGCAGAAGUUGGGAUUCCCUGCCAAAUUCCUGGAUUUCAAAAUUCAGAACAUGGUGGGGAGCUGUGAUGUGAAGUUCCCAAUUCGGUUGGAGGGCCUUGUUCUUACACACCAACAGUUCAGCAGUUAUGAACCUGAGCUGUUCCCUGGAUUAAUCUACAGAAUGAUCAAGCCCAGAAUUGUGCUCUUAAUAUUUGUGUCUGGAAAAGUUGUACUCACAGGUGCAAAGGUUCGAGGAGAAAUCUAUGAAGCAUUUGAAAACAUUUACCCAAUUUUAAAAGGAUUCAGGAAGACGACAUAAUUCCUUCGCAGGCCAUAUUUUCUUGUUGCUAUUUCCUGAGUCAUGCUGGAGAUCUCUCCGUAUUGUGGCUUAGGUUUUGUCGUUCAUUUGCGCAUUGGAACCUCUGGGUAGAACUGAACUGAUGCAGGACCCAUUUGUGAAUCAAGUCCAGAAGACAUCCACAUUAUUUUAGUAUGUUUUAUUUCCUUUUUACAUGGAUUAUUGUUUUCCAUCUUGCUUGCCUCACACAUUAGUUUUACGUGUUGUUUAUUGUACAUUUUUACGUAAGGGUUCUUAAACGAUUAUUAAAAUCCCGAAAUAUCAUCCCUACCAGGGACACCUGUAUGAGACAUUCCUGUUCUGAGCAGAUUUGACUGAUGUCUGAGUUCUUUCAAUUGCCAGUCUUUUCAUGUCGUGGACAAACUGAAUAACAAAUGCAUAGUAACUCUAAUGAGAACCUAAGAUGGUACCUUUGGGGCAGGCCUUUCAUGUCUGUGUGUAAAGACUUUGGUGCAGUUUGUAAAUGUUUUAGUUGCUUUUGAACUAAGACAAGGCUGGGACGAAUCAGAAGUUUAUUCCAGUCAUCCAGUCAGUGUUCUGUUCCUUUACUUUUCUGAUUUUUGAAGAAAUACUGUCCUAGGUCUGAUGCUCAGCACC